AUGCUUACCUUAGUUCCUUUAACCUUCCAGCCUGAGUCUGCGGAUGGAUCUUCAUUCGUUGCUUCAAUCGGAACAUAUCAGACCUACGACUCGAGACCAAUUCCCAAUCCAAGUGUGGAUCCUCUAUGGCUACCCGAUCAGGAAGAUAUGGCAUUGAUGUUGGCCCAACUACGAGCAUAUAUUCAAGAUGGCAACGGUGAAUUUCUCUCCGGCGGAAUAUACUGGUGGGGCGAUCUCAGCAAGCUUCCCACAUCUGCAGCCCCUUCGAUGAGUGCAAUGACGACAGAAGACACUCACCGACGCUUGGCAUUUUAUCAUGUCUGCUUCGCCCUGGCUACGUCUGUUGAUCAUGCGGCUUUCCAUCGAUCAGACCAGCAUGCGGGAGGGGCUUUCUUCAAGCGCGCACGAAAGCUUCUUGGAAACCCUUUGGAUACUGUACGAUUCACUCUGGAUGAUGUGCCGGUCUUGACCCUUAUGGGAUUCUAUUUAAUCGAACUCAACCGCAGAGAUUCAGCUUACGUAUAUGUCAGCCUAGCAAUUCAUAUCGCCAUAAUACAUGGGGCAUUCAGGUCAUGUAAUGACGAAGCGAGUAAACGCACUUUCUGGACCCUAUAUAUAUUGGAUAGAUGGCUUUCCGUACUGAUGGGACGCCCACCGACUCUACUUGAUGAAGCGAUCAGGCUACCUUUACCAAGCGAUGUGCCUUCAAUGCCACCGUGUGCAGGCCUCCGAGCACACGUCGAGCUAUCCCGCAUCUCUGGCUACAUUGUUUGUGAAACAUUCAAAAUCGCCCCGAGACACUACCAACGUGGAUAUUCGACCCUACACGUGGAUAAGGCUCUGGAAUUGCUCGAAGACUGGAAGCUGCAAUUGCCACCGGUACUAGCUGUCCACAUAGACGCUGAUCCUGCGGUCCUCUCUCUGCAUCUAGCUUCGAACCAGCUCAUUGUCCUCGCAACUCGGCCGAUCCUACUUGCCGCUGUCAAGCAAGCUGUUGCUGAACGCUACAUGAACGGCCAAUGGUCUGUGCAGCAACACGCGCAUAGCAAAUAUGUUCAAGCUUGCUCAAAGGCUGCUCAGCGUAAUUUGUCGUCAGCUCAACGAUUGCGGUCAACGAGGAAGCUACUGCAGGCCGGUUUGCACUUUGUCUUCAACGCGGCUGUUAUCCUGAUACUAGAUCGGAUUCUUCACUCUUCUAGCACCGAAGCCUCGCCGGCUCUGCUCAACACCGCAGUGUAUGCCUCCGAGAUAGACUUUGCCAUGCGCACCUUUGAGGAGGAGUCAAGAACGGGUACCAACUACCCCAGAGACUGCUACAAGGUUUUGCAAGAUCUCAAGGCUCUAGUUGAUCGCUACCUGUCUCAUGGCCAUGGACACUUCGAGCAAGGAAAUGACCCUGGCCUAGUCAUUAGUACUCCUGGACCGCAGUACAGUGCCCAGCGAGGCCCAGAAAUCCAAGGAAGUCCAUCGAACAUGACAGCGGGUACUGUGUACCAGGAGCUGCGAACCUGGAUGCAAAGUGACGGGCUAAAGCUACAUAACAGCUUACUCAUUUGA